AUGUUUGAACAGAUUACAAAAAAUUACUUGCAAAAACGAGAGCUGUAUGAUAUCAAUGAAAGCAAAUUGUUUUUUGAACAGUUCUAUUCACAAAUUUAUUAUCUUUUCUAUGAUGGCUUUACUAAUGUUGAAACUAGUCUCAGCCAAAAAGUAUAUGAUAGCCAUUGGGAUGCUUUGACUCGGUGCGCAUUUGGACCACUUGAGCCAUCUCACCGGCCAACAUGCGACAACUUACGUCGUCUACCCAUUUACCAGCCUCGAAAAAAUGGAUGGCUGGGUUGGCCCGGAUUUUCGCCGGGCGACAUUCGAAUUCCGCACCACGCGGUUCCGAACCGCGUCCGCAUACGAAUAUCCACCCGAGCCUUCGCUUCGGCAGAGUCUUUCCUGGCCGGGAUCCGCCACUCUACAAUAGACCCUCUCAGGGUCUGA